CAAUCAAAAAUGUUGUUUGUUGUAUCUCGCAUGUUAAAUACGAUGGAAAAGUUGUCUGAACAAUUGUUAUAAUGUUUGUUAAUAAAUCAAACAAUGCAAUAGUAUUUUAAAAAAGUAUUUCAAUUUAUUAACGAAACGUAUGGGCCAAUUAUGAACGAUACAAAAACUGAAUUACAUGCUCCGACCGAUUCGAAAAGUCCGGAAAAAAAAGUUUCGAAUAAUGGUCAAAGAGCGACAAGAAAAAACCAAGGAAACCCAACACAAAACAAUGAUCCGAAAAAAUCUCGGAAAAUGACAAACAAACCACAACAACAGAUGGCAAAAGAUGAUCCGAACGCACAGAUUUUUCAGUUUAUGCAAGAACAGGUUCGCAACCGAUUGGAGAAAUGUGAACCAGGACGUGAAUUGGAAGUACUACACUCUUCUCUGAAGCCCGAUCAUCAUACGUUAUGGCUGAAGUGUAUGGAAGUUAAGAAGGACUUGUUAUUAGCUCUACAACGCCAAUAUCCAGGUGUUCGAUUGGAAGUAUUUGGCUCAACCGUGAUGGGAAUUGCUUUUAAAGACAGUGAUUUUGAUUUUUUCAUCGAGUUGUCUCGACCACCAUUGAACGCAAAACCUGCCGAAAUUAUCGGUCGAGCCAUGAACAUUUUGAGACGAAGCGGACAGUUCACCAAUUUUUUACCAAUUUCACAUGCACGAGUACCAAUAUUAAAAUGUUACCACACUAAAACGUCCAUGGCAGUUGACAUCAAUUUUUCCGACUCCUACGGCAUAUUGAAUAGUCCAAUAGUGGCGCGUCUUCUUACAUUCGACACACAAAUUUACGUGCUGGCUACUAUUCUAAAGUACUGGGCCAAAGUACAUGACUGUGCUGGAAAAAAUCGGAUAUCAAACUAUGCAAUUGUAUGGAUGCUUUUAUUUUAUUUGCAACAGUUGCCAGUACCAAUUCUUCCUCCAAUCAUUGAAUUUCAAAAGCGUGUCCAUCCAUUAUUUGUGAAUGGAUAUAAUUUUGCGUUCGAUGAAUUUUAUCCAAAUCAAACAAAAAAUCAAAGUCGAUGCUCCGAAUUAUUGAUGGGAUUUUUUAAAUUUUACAAAAGUUUUGAUUUUGAUAAAAAUGUCAUUUGUCCGUUGUACGGUAAAUCGUUCAAGAAAGCUGACAUUUUAGCCCAAGAAUUGACCGAAUUUCAACGAUAUCACGAAAUGCUAAAAUUCAAUCCGACCUUAACACCAAUGCAAUUCAAUAAAUGUAUUUGCAUCCAAGAUCCGUUCGAAACAACGCAUACGAUUCCAGGUGCGAUUGCAGCCAAAGAAUUUCAAAAGAUCAUCACCAAAUUUGAGUAUGCUGCCAACAUCAUCGAAUCGGAACUUGAAGCAGGUGGUGAAAGUACCAAAUUACUAUUAUCAAUAUUUGAUGCGGGAAAAUUUCUGGAAUAUGUUCGACGAAAAAAUCAAAAAGUUCCAGAACCACGUGUUCCACCACAAUUGGCUGUAUUAAAACCACAAUCAACAACAAAUCGUAAAAUUGUUUUGCAAAUAAAACCCACCGACUAUCAUCUAUCGAUUAUACGUGACAUUUUGAUGAAAAAACACAGCGACACAAAUGUGAAAAUCGACAAUCAAACCAUCCAUCGAUCAUGGGCUGAAAACAUUAUUCAAAGCAUUCAUGGCAUACUACAGGAUAUAUUUAUGCUUAAGGUUGAAAAUAUGACGAGCCAAACAGCGACAAAUGGUACAAAUACACCAUCAACAAGUGCAACACCAGAACCACAAACGGACACAACCAGCGAUGAUUCAAAGAGCAAAAAAAUUGAUGAAUUUUCAAAGGAAUUCAGUAUUGUUGGAACACGUGAUGUAUUUUUAGCACGAAAACAAACAAAAAAAAUUACCGUUAAUACAUUGAACUAUGAACGACUCGAAUCACAAGAACGAUUCAAGAAAAACGCCUUACAAUUACAAUUGUCAGCCACUGUUCAUGUCACAACCGAUGUGGACAAUUUUGAACUAAUCACAGUGGAAUUCAAUGAUCUUAUUAAAACGAAGAAAAAUAAUUCGUUCAGAAACUUUAUCACAAAUUUCGAACAAAACCUCAACAAUUUACUAAAGGUUUAUUUAGUACAUAAAUGUGGUACAGCAGCUUGAAGGAUUUCAUUUUUUCAUCCAUUUGGUCAUUGGUUAAAUCUAAAUCGUUUCCGUCAAUGUGAUUUCACAAUCUAUUUUUCUGGUGGAAAAAAAUCGAAGCACAAUUACACAUUAAUUUUAUAUUAAACAAGAAAUAAAGGUAGUUUUUUUAACGUAACCGAGAA